AUGGCCGCCUGCGCACUACGUCGAGGUUUAUUAGCCACUGUUAACACUUUAAACAAGAGACAAGCUCACAGAAUACUGAGUAUUGUUGACAACAGCUACGGGUUCGAGGUGACCAGACCUAGGCUCCAAUGUCUAGCCUGUGGACUGCCCAACAAGACCCAGCAGAAGCGGUUUAUGUCCUCACGGAGCAGGCCUGAGGAGAAGGUUUUGGAAGCAGUUGGUGUGUUUGAGGCAGUCAAACAGCACGGCAAAUAUGAAACGGGUCAGUUGUUCCUCCACAGCGUGUUCGGAUACAGGGGCAUCGUUCUGUUCCCAUGGCACGCCCGCCUCUACGACAGAGACGUCACUCUGCCUGUUUCCGACAGUAAACCCGAGCCCCCUGGCGGUGCCCAUGGUUCCAAGGAGGUUAAGGGGAAGACUCACACCUACUACCAGGUCCUGAUCGAUACCAGGGACUGUCCUCACAUAUCCCAGAGGUCCCAGACAGAGGCUGUGACGUUUCUGGCCAACCAUGACGACAGCAGAGCCCUGUACGCCAUCCCAGGUCUGGACUACGUGAGCCACGAAGACAUCCUGCCCUACAACUCCACAGAGCAGGUCCCCAUCCAGCAUGAGCUGUUUGAGCGCUUCCUGCUGUUCAACCCCGCCAAAGCUCCUCCUUUUACAGCCAGAGACACGCUGAAGGCGUGGCAGGAGAAGAACCACCCCUGGCUGGAGCUGUCGGAUGUUCACCGCGAGACCACCGAGAACAUCCGUGUUACCGUCAUCCCCUUCUACAUGGGCAUGAGGGAGGCCCAGAACUCCCACGUCUACUGGUGGAGGUACUGCAUCCGUCUAGAGAACAUGGGCAGUGAGGUGGUCCAGCUGAGGGAGAGACACUGGAGGAUCUUCAGCCUCUCCGGCACCCUGGAGACAGUGCGAGGCCGUGGUGUGGUGGGCCGGGAGCCCGUGUUGUCUAAAGAACAGCCUGCCUUCCAGUACAGUAGCCACGUGUCCCUCCAGGCCCCCAGCGGUCACAUGUGGGGCACGUUCCGCAUCGAGAGGACAGACGGCUCCCACUUUGAUGUCCGCAUUCCUCCAUUCUCCUUGGAGAGCAACAAGGAUGACAAGGCUCCCCCUGCAGGUUACACCUUCUGAAUGCGAGGUUGAGGUCUUCAGGGUGUAGCCCUCCUGGGAGUCAUCUGUAGGGACCCCUGUCUCCCCCCCCCCCCCCCCCUCCCCUCUUGUUUUCCUGUACCACUGUUUCUGUGUUCACAAUACAUGUAGCCCAGGAGUAAUUUGGAAUCAAUUAUCCCUCUUAUGUUUUGUUUGAUAUUCCAAAUAACCCGAUCACAGGUCCAAUCCUGUCCUGUUGUUAAUGCAAUGCCCCAUAGGUUUUCUUUGUAGUGCAGGAACAUAAUUUGCUGUUUGAAGCCCUGUUAAAGUUCAUGUCUAACUUAUGGUGUUGCCAAUUAAGCAGAAAACAGUGCAGUGACGAAGAGUAGAAAGCAGUGGCGGAGAUGAGGCUCCCCAUGAGGCAGUCCAUUUCAGCAUUGCACUUGUGAAGAAAAGUCUGGCGGUCAUGACGAUGAGCCACAAAGAGUCCUCAUCCCAGGGCCCUACGAUCAAAUCCAUAGUACCUUUUGAGUUGGUUUUAAUCUGUCAAUGUUGAGUAUCUUUUUAAAUGCGAGUUCUGAAAUGAGUUCUCAGAACCAACCACGUCAGUUUUGAAAGACCUCAGACACUGGGAGGAGAUGAGGGAGGCCUCCACUGGUGGCUCUUAGGUGGCCAGGGAGGAGGUCAGGGAGUAGGAGGUGUUUCACCACCAGGACACCAUCAAGUAAAAAAAACAAAGCCACCGGCAGCUGUGCUCGACAUUCACAAUACUUCAUGUAGGUUUGGUGCAGAUUAGGUUUUGUUUUUAAAAUGUGUGAUGUUGAUCCUGAACUCUUCUCCCACGUGGAGAAAAUAAACUAACAUUUAGUUAUUGAAAACAAUGGUUGAUGACGUACUACUGUAAAUAGACAUGUAUUAAAGGCAAACCAUAAAUAUACAUUUCAAAAAACA